CCGUUUCUUCUCCACACCCUCAAGAGUUAGCGGAAUUGCCACGCGAGUCCUCCAAGUUUCUCCCGCCGCGAUGGAACCAUCCGGUUCAGGAGCGGAACCGGUCGAGGACGAGCUCAUCCAAGAACCGGAGGGGCGCCCCAAGUCCAACGCCUCCUCCAAUGGGGCCCCGAGCGCCGCUGUGCCGCCACCUCCCCGCGCGACGCCCCUCCACAUCGAGCGACCCCGCCGCGAGCAGGCCGGAGGCGGCGCCGAUGGAUCGAGCUCCGCCGCGGCGCGGGUCGACCGGAAGGAAAAGGGGGCGCUGCCGCCCAAGGCCAUUCCUUCUCCUCCGAGCUCCGGGGGCAGCAGCAGCUCCUCCACCCCCUCCCUCGACUACGCCGCCGCAUUCAGAGCCGGGGCCUUCGGAGGCGGGGAGUCGAGCACCGCUGCGGGCGGUAGCAAGGCGCGGGUGACGUGGAGUGACCCCGCGGCGACGGAGACGAGGGAGGUGCCCAACGCGGCGGCGCAUCCGUUCGACCCCAAGUUAGUGUCCAGGCAGCGGCUGCUGAAAGCGCAGGCGGCUGUAGAUGAGGAGAAGAGCCGACGGGAACAGCAGUUCAACUCGUUGCGUGCGGAAGAGGCGAUGCAUAGGAAGGAGCAGUCUCUUGAUCAAUACAAGCAGUGGUUCGAUUCACAGAAGAAAAGAGGCUACUCCAAUGAGUCGAGCUCCUCCGCGACAGGGGUCAACCGGAACGGCAAGGGGAUGUUGCCUCCCAAGGUCAUUCCUUCUCCCCCGAACUCCGCAGGCAGCAGCAGCUCCUCCACCCACUCCCUCGACUACGCCGCGACAUCGAGAGCCGGGAGGCGGGGAGACAAGGGAGGUGCCCAAUGCGGCGGCGCAUCCAUUCGACCCCAAGCUGGUGUCCAGGCAGCGGCUGGUGAAAGAGCAGGUGGCCAUCGACAAGGAGAACAGGCAAUGGGAACAGCAGGUGAUGGCCUCUGCGACGUGCUGUUAUUGUUUCUUGGAUUUCUUGGAGUCUCUGGAGUGCGUGCUUGAGCAUUUCUUGGUUUCCUCUUGAGCAGUUCAAGGUGUUGCGCGCGGAAGAGGCGAUGUAUAGGAGGGAGCAGUCUAUUAAACAAUCAUCCAAGCAGUGGUUCGAUUCACCGAAAAAUAGAGGUCGUCCCAAUGAGGUUGCCGUAAAGUGGUCUUAUAAUAAUGAUGAUGAAAUUCCGUACCCUUUAUACGCUGAAUUUUCUGGAGAUAAUUCCCCCUUCUCCCCAAAAAGAGAGUGGAGUGAUAUAAGAGUUGUCAGGAGACUGCGAGGAUUGCGUUGGCAAGAGCGGGUUGCUGCUCGUACUCACUUCAGAGAGCUACGUGAUAGUCGGCGAGCAGCUAGAGGCAAGCCUACUUCUUUAUUCAUGUCAGCAAUGAAUAAAUUCAGGGUCGAGAAGGCUAAGGAGUACAGCGGCCGUUGCGCCGUUCCUGAAUAUCUUA